AGGGUGCUGGAUGGUGGGGGAGUACCACUGAUGAGAGAGCGGGCGAAAGAAGGGACUAAUUCAGCACGCAUUUGGAGGACUAUUACUUUAAUCUACUGGAUAACUACUGAACACCUGAGCAGGGUUUCUUUAUCUACUGAGUGUGGUGGCAUAGCGUGUUCUGCUCCUGGUUUCCAGCAGAGAUGGCACAGAGGAGUGGGCAGGAGGACCCGGAGCGGUACCUCUUUGUGGACCGCGCCGUGGUCUACAACCCGGCUGCACAGGCCGACUGGACGGCCAAGAGGCUAGUAUGGAUCCCAUCAGAACGCAACGGCUUCGAGGCAGCCAGUGUUCGCGAGGAGCGUGGAGAUGAGGUGGUGGUGGAGCUGGCAGAGAAUGGGAAGAAGGCGGUGGUCAACAAGGACGACAUUCAAAAGAUGAACCCGCCAAAGUUCAGCAAGGUGGAGGACAUGGCCGAACUCACCUGCCUGAACGAAGCCUCUGUUCUUCACAACCUCAAAGACCGCUACUACUCUGGCCUCAUCUAUACAUACUCCGGUCUCUUCUGUGUGGUCAUCAAUCCCUACAAAAACCUGCCCAUCUACUCAGAGAACAUCAUUGAGAUGUACAGGGGCAAGAAGAGGCACGAAAUGCCCCCUCACAUCUACGCCAUCUCAGAGUCUGCGUACAGAUGCAUGUUACAAGGUCAUUUCAGGAAUGCCCUGUUGUGA